AUGUUGUUCCCUACCCUCAUGCUGGCAUUCGCUAGCCUGUCUCAUGCCCAAAGUGCCUCCGAGUCACUCACAUCUGUUGUAGCAUCACUGGAAUCACACACACCAAGCUCAUCAACACCAACACCAACCAUAUCAUCAUCUACAAAACGCCAGACUACCGGUAUCCUACUGCCUUUCUACGCACCAUACCCCAUCUCCGAAGCCACAGAUCCCAGAACAAGCGCCUCAGCCCUAACCAGCUCCUCCUCCUUCGACACCGCGAAAUACUGGCAACACACCUAUCGCGACUACUAUGCCUCCAUCAUCACCGUAAUCUCCACCUCGACGAUCGUCUACGCCAUCGACUGCGCGCCAAACUCCGCCCACCCCUCCUACACAAAAAACGAUUUCCAGUCCUUUUCAGUGUGUGGAGCGAGCGUUGUGGGCAGGGGCCCCAUGACUGUCACACAGGGCCCUGAACAGUGGCACUAUGCAGUUUCGCAGACAGAGCCUAGUUUGAAUCUGACGCAGACUCGGUUUAGCCGGCCGACUACGCGCACACAGUUGGAUAUCACAUGUGAGGCGUUGACGGCGAGUUUGAAGUCGUGCUGGAAUGCCGAGCCUUUGACGUCGAGCAGUGCAGUUGUGAGUGGGAGUUUGAGUUGGUCGCAGUCACUCUCCAGUUCGAUCUCGAUGGAUGAUGGGUCGGAGGAGCAGAGUAGGGGAGAGAUUAGCAGUUUGUUGCAGAACUUUUCGACCAUGACGGAAGUUCUUGUUACGAUGACUGGGGGUGUGGAGAAGAUUCCCGGAGAGAUGUUUUCAAGUCUGUCGAGCGUUGCUGAGACUAUAACGACUGCGCCUGUCAGUUCGAGUUCGAGUUCGAGUGUUAGUGCUAGUCCGAGUGCAAGUGUAAGCGCUGGUGUCUCCCAGAGUUCGAGCACAGCAGCAGCACCAAGAAUCACUGGAGCUGUUGGCAUGGAGGUCAUGUUUGGUGCUGCAGGUGUAUUGGGAGCAGCUGUGUUUGGGUUUUAG